AUGGCCCCCAGCUGCACAAAGUUAUAUGCAAUCCAGAAUGAAAAAGAUCUUGCAGUGAACUCUGUACUUGAUGGACGACGGACAGCUCAGCCUAGUCGCGCUCAUACACCAAUUGAGGCGAGAGUACCCCAGUAUGACAUCGCACACGACUUUGAUGUAGACUUUGGCUUGAUUGACCCUCUUGAACGUGAAUUUGUGGAUGCAGCAGCACUCCCUACCUAUUCGCUCGAUGAUAUUAAGGUUGAGCACCACCCACAUAGUGGGAUCGAAACGAAAGUCCAUGCAUUCAGUAAUUUCCAUCGUCGUCCGGCAAUCUCUUCAGUUGACACCCCUCCUGAUCACCACCCUUGGUGCCCUUUUCAGUCUCGGCUUGAAUUCGAAGUUGCCGAGUUUGCUCUCGAGGUUGGACUAAACAAUGAACAGACAGACCGUCUCAUCAAUAUUUGCCAUCGUUGUUCAGUCAGAAAGGAUAAAUUCAUGCUUAGGAACUAUAAAGAUAUUCACAAUUUGACCUUUCUCAAAGUACAGUUUAUGAAAGAAGUGAUAUCUGUGCCUUAUAACAGCGAGAUGCAGGCAUUCGAUGUAUACUAUAGAGACCUUUGGGAGCUUGCUACUGAUCUCCUUCGGGACCCCCACCUUUUCCCUCACUUUAUGUUCGAUGCACAGCGCUUAUCAAAGUUUGAUGGGCAAACAUUUGUCCCCUUUGUAGAUGAACCUUACACCACACAAGACUUUUGGGAUGUGCAAUCACAACUACCACGAGAUGCGAAGCCACUAGCUUUCAUCUUGUACGCCGAUAAAACAAGGCUGUCAUCAUUUGGCACUGUGAAAGGUUACCUGGUUGUUGCACGCUUAGCAAAUCUACCUACUGACAUUCGGAACGGACGAGGUGUGGCGGAGGAUAAAGAGCAUGCUGGGAAGCUGAGCUGGGUGAACUUCAAAAACAUGGUUUGGCAUGAGUCAUUUGCGAGAAUCACCUCUUCUCUGGCUUCGAAAUCAAGGACCGGACAAUGGUAUUCUUGCCUAGAUGGGAUCAAUCAGUGGUUCUUUCUCUGUCUACUUAUUUUAUCGGCUGAUUAUGAAGAACAAUGUGUCAUGUCGCUUACUCGAGGGGUCAUGAGCCUUUGGCCAUGUCCCAUUUGUCUCAUUCCUCGAGAUGAGCUUUGGGAUACCUCACAACGAUAUCCUCGCCGAAUCACGAACACAUCACGUGAAAUUGUAUUGGCUGCACGGGAAAAAGAUACCUAUGAAGAACUAGAGGAACUUCUCAAACGAUAUGGACUUCGCGAUGUUACUAAUUCACUAUGGGCCAUCCAGUACUCGGAUGUCCAUCGAGCAUUGUCACACGAUUGA